AUGGUGUUUCCAUCAUCUCGUGCUGCGAGGGACUGCGCUGCGGUUUUGACUGAGGCUACCAUGGAUGGUAAUGAUUUCAUUGAGUGUGCUCACUUCUUCGCAUCUCCCCGGUUAAACCUGGGCAGUGAAUAUGCCUACUGGGCCCGAUUCUCGGCGGUUGUGUACCCUAGUGAUCUUUCCAAUAUUGCCAUGGGCUUCUGGCGAGACUUUGGUGAUGGUAUCUCACCCCGACAUGCAGCAUUUUGCUUGGAGCUGUUCGAUUAUCUCGACUCUGACUCAACGCAUCCUAUACUGCGGACUCCUGCACCGCGCAAGCAUGAUCAGCCUGAGCUUCAGCGGGAAGCAAACUGUUUUGAGUCUGCUUUGUCUAAUAUGUUUCAAGUCAAGUCAUCCAUUGCACAUCACGUCCGCCCUCACCAGCUCCAAGCAGCCCCGCUGACCACGGAUGACAUUUUCAUUUAUCCUACCGGAAUGGCUGCCAUCUCAGCCGCCAAUAGGGCUCUUUUGUCUUUGAAACCAAAGUGGCUUUAUGUCGAGACUGUUAAUGUCCUCCGCCGCAGUCCUUGGGGGCAAAAAAUCUCUUAUCAUCUGGGAAGAGACCAAGACCUCGAUGAGCUUGAGGGUGCAUUGCUGGCCGGCCAGCACAUCACGGCCCUAUUUUGCGAGCUGCCAAAUAAUAUCAAAUUAGCUUCAUUUAAUCUCCGGCGCAUUUGGUCACUGGCACAAAAGUACAAUUUUGUUGUGGUUUGUGAUGCAACCGUAGGUAAUCUUAUUAAUAUUGACAUCCUUCCCUUGGUUGAUAUUCUCACGUUGAGCCUGACCAAGGCGUUCAGUGGGGUGUCCAACGUCACAGGUGGGGGUAUAGUUCUCAAUCCUAGCAGCCCACGCCACGGUCAACUCAAAGACAUGCUCGCAUCCCAAUAUGAAGAUAGAUAUUUCCCUCUGGAUCUAGCCACAUUGAAACACAACUGUGUUGACCUGGCAGCCCGAGUUCAUACGUACAACGCCAAUACCCUUCCCGUGGUGAAUCUGCUCAAAGACCACCCUUGUAUUGCUUGCAUCUACUAUCCCUCCUUGGGCCCCACCGCGCACUACUACGAGAGUUAUCGUCGCAAGGGGGGCAGCUACGGAAACGUUCUCAGUGUUAUUUUCCAUAGUCCGGACAGUGCGGUAGUGUUCUAUGAUGCCUUGGAUGUCUGCAAGGGACCAAGCAUAGGCACAAACUUUACUCUCGCAAUUCCAUUUGCCUGGCUAUCUCAGUAUCGGGAAAAAGAUAACCUGGAGAAGUAUGGUGUGCCCAAACACAUUAUUCGACUGAGUAUUGGUUUGGAGGACGUGGACCAGAUCUGCAAGACGGUACGGCGAGCACUUGAGAAGGUGGAGCAGUUCGGACAUGAUAAACAGGGUCUCCCAGAGUAG